GUGACAGAAAUAAGUAGGCAAACGCUCUUUUAAUCAAAACGAAUGUAAACAAGUUAAAUAGUUGUUGAGUUUUCUAUUAUUAAAAAUUUCGUUUACAUCAUGGAAGAAGAUUCCCAAUCAGCAGAUUCGUUUAAAAAGCCUAUUUUACCUUUAAAAGAUCCUUCACUAGAUUCUUUUAAGAAACCUGCAAUUCCUAUUUCUGAUGCCUCCACCAAAGACUCAUCACAAAAUACCGCGGCGGCAAGUCUGAUAGAUUCUUCUGAAGUCAGUGAUAUUCCAAAAGUUGCUAACAAAAAAAGGGAAAAAUCUCAAUCUAAUGUCCCAUUACCAUAUGAAGAACCUGAAUGGCAUGGACACCCUCCUCCUAACUACAGCUUAGAAACAAUAAAAAAUGGCACGUUUAUUUCAACUUUGUCCAUCAAAGCAUCUCUUGUUGUUUUCGGGCGCUUAGAUGUUUGUGAUGUUGUAUUUGAGCAUCCAUCAGUUUCGAGAUACCAUGCUGUUAUUCAGUAUUGCAAGGGAGAUGAUACACAUCCAAAAGGAUUUUAUUUGUAUGAUUUAGGAAGCACACACGGCACGUUUUUGAAUAAGUCAAAAGUCUCACCAAAAAUAUAUUAUAAAUUAAAGGUGGGAUAUAUUCUGAAGUUUGGAGGUAGCUCAAGAUUGCAUAUAUUUCAAGGGCCAGAGGAAGAAGAAGAAGUGGAAGUUGCUAAACCUAAAGAUACUGUAAAUGAAGCUGUAGAAGAAAUAUGUACUUGGGGAAUGGGUGAAGAAGCUGUUGAGGAAGAGGAUAUGACUGAAAAUCCUUUCGCCAUUUCAGCCACAAAUGAGGAUUUGUAUAUUGAAGAUCCUAAGAAAACCUUGCGUGGUUGGUUUGAAAGGGAAGGUUACGAACUCGAGUAUAAAGUAGAAGAGAAAGGAUUUAGAACUUUUUGCUGUACUAUUCGCCUUCCCAUUGAUAAUCCAACUGGAGAUUAUCUACCUGUAGAAGCUUCUGUUAGUGGUAAAAAGAAAGAAGCUGUCAUUGCAUGUGCUUUAGAAGCUUGUCGGACAUUAGAUCGACUGGGACUGCUGCGACAAUCGCAUCAUGAAAGUCGACAAAGGAAACGUAAGAAGUGGGAAGAAAAUGAUUAUUAUGAUAGUGAUGAAGAUACUUUUUAUGAUAGAACUGGAGAGAUUGAAAAACGCAGAGAAAUGAGAAAACGAUUAGCUAAAAAAGUUGAGGUUAAUAACUUUGAAACCAUAUCAGCAAAACUUACUUCUAUUCAGAGUGAAAUGGAAGAUAUAAAAAAUAAAAUUUCCGUUGGUGAGUCUAAGGACUCGAGUGAUUCGACAUCCAAAGAGAUUGAUACUCUAGACAUGUAUAUGUCUAACCUGUCUGAAUCCGGUUCUUCUUUGAGUGAUAAAUUUGAAAGAAGAAAGUUAAAAUUAAGAUUAAUUGAAUUGGAAAAAGAAAAGGAACAUUUAGAAAAACUUGCAAACAUUGCAAAGCCAGUUAACAUGCCUGCUUUAAAAAAGAAUCUGGGAUUUAUCGGAAAAAGGCCCCAAUCGAAAUUGAAGCUUCCGUCUGCAACAAAAAGUGAAGACACCAAACCUAAAAAUGAUGAUGAGCAAAUUGAAGAAGAUGAUUCAGAUGAAGAAGCAUCUGUAAAUGUCAAUCAGGAACAGAUAAAUAAAGAGGAUUCCAAUCCAGAUAUUAAUAAAGAAAUUUGUUCUAAAAAUGAUGAUACUGCGGAACCUGCGAAAUAUGGACUAAUUUUAAAUACAUCUGCAACAAACAAUCUUAGCAAUGAACAUAUUUCAUCAAUAGAUUCUUCAAUGGAUGUUGUGGAAAUUGAUAGUUUUAAAAGUAGAGCUGAUAUUAGUGAAGAGAAGAAAAACAAGAAAGGUAUUACUGACUCUGCUGAAAGUAUUUCUAAUGUUGACAAAACUUUAGAUUUACUGAAAGAAGAUUCAAAAUCAAAAGUUGAAGAAAACAAAGACAAAAUUCAAAAGAAAUCUAAAAAGAGAGACGUUUUAUCUAAGACAAAAGUGGAUGUUUAUAAAACUGACUCUAAUGAAUAUUGCACUUGGAUGCCUCCAAAUAACCAAUCAGGAGAUGGCAUGACUCAUUUAAAUGCCAAAUAUGGUUAUUAAUAAGUUUUUGUAUUUAAUAUCAUAUUAUUAUAUUUAAUUUUAAUAUGGUUGUAUAUAUAUGGUUAAUAUAUUGCUAUAUUAACUUGUAAAAAAAUGUUAUGCAAUCGGCCUUGGGCUUAAUAAGGAAAAUUUUCAAUAAAUAUAUUUGGUUUAAUGUUAGAAACUGUUUAUAAAACCCUUGUUAUUACAAAGCUAUAACAAAUUAUCAGUCCGUAUUAACAAUUAAUAUAUUUACUUAUAUUUAACAAGUUAUUUUUUCUGAACUUCUGGAAAAUUAUUUCAUUGAAGUUGUGAAAAAGAAAAUAUUUAACUACGUAUUUAAGAAAAUUUACUUUCAUUUAGGUAUAAUACACCCAUUUUGAUAAAAUGGCAUUGAUCAAUUUUUUACUUUUUGUUGCCUUUUUUCAGGAAAGAAAAUAUUUUCGUGAAAAUUUCUUAAUUAUAUAAAACUUUAAAUUUUAGCCAUCAUUUUAUUUUAUAUUUAAUAUCAAAAGUUUUUCUAAAUAAGUCUGUGCAAUAAUUUGCUAAAAUAAUGAGUUUAGUAAAAUAACAAGUAUAUGCAGCUAGUACUUAAAUUAUAUGAAGGAAACUUUGUAAAAAGGCAGUUUUUUAAAAUUUUAUUCUUGUGUAGGAAUCGUUUUUAAAAAUUUGAUUCUUGUGAAAAAAAGGCCCUUCUUACAAAUUCAAUUUUUUUAAAAUGACUUUAGUUUCUGCUUGGAUUUCCUCCUGAAUAUGUAAAUAAACCAAAAAAUUAAGAAAAGGUAUUUCUCAUAGAAUUCCAUUAUUCAUAUAAAUGCAACAAUUAGCAAAAGCUUUUAUUUGUGCAAACCAUUGAAUUUAUUUUAUGCCUACUAAUGUUCAUGUAUGUGCAAGAUCGUUUUUGACAAAAUGUUAGUAACAUCUGCUUUUUAAGUUUGAUAUGGAUGAGAUUGAAACCACCACCAUUCACUUUGAAGACAUAACGUUAGCUGAGAAAUUGUAUAUGUUUCUGAAAUCAAUAAUAGUUAUGAGUGAUAAUGUGUUUUGUAUCAUCUAUAUCGUAGACCAAACACUGAGGUUUAGUAAAAAAUAAAAUUCAAUAAAUGAAAAUCAAACAUUAUUCCAAUCAGUGUAAUAGCCAAUUCAAGUGUUAGGAUCAAAUGUCCCCAGUCCCUACAUUUUUAUUGUAAUCGUGUUUUACUGUAUGUAAUUAAAAUUUCUUGAGAGUGAAAAUUGAGAUGUAAAAUAGUACAAAAUAUCUUUGUAUUGAUUAUUAAAGGCAUUAUGUUUGCUC